AUGUACAUUUGCUGCAUUCCGAAGGGUAUUUGCUGCAGACCUAACUGUGAUUUGGGAAUCACGGACUAUAGGAAACAGGAUCUUAGGUUCUUCCAAACUUUGGAAGAAGCUAGACAUCAUAGCUUUAUUCCUUGCAAGUAUUGUUUUCCUGAUAUGCAGCCAGAAGCUCCUAACUUAAGCAAUGGAUCUCAUGUCGCCAUUGAUUUGGAUUUACUUGCCGCCACAGUUACAAGUGUUAACAAGGCCAUCAACUUUAUUCCUCCACUUCUUACCGAAGACUCUAAGAAGACGGAUUUACUGCGUCAGUUUAUCUGGCAAUCCUCAAACCGAAAACUCAAACGCAAGUUACUCACAGGAAUUCCUUACAAGACCUCAUCAGCUUCGGCGUCUUUGGAGUUAUCCUUUCAACCUCCUUCUCCUGAUUCGAUAAACUUAACUAAGAACGAAUUUGAUAGACUUAAGCUUAUUGAUUUGGCAUUUCGUCAUAUAGCUCUGGCUGCUUCUUCAACGGUAGCUGAGGUGUCGAAUUCUUUGAAUUCGCAGAGUCCGGACAAUAGCGGGGCCCAUGAUACCAGUGCUUCAACUAGCCCGAGUACUAUUAGCCCAAACGAAUCGGGAAGUAAAAAGCGUCGAAGAAGAGGAGGUGUUUUAGGCUUUAAAGAGCUCGCGGCUAAGUCCAAUCUUUCACCAUGGCAUUUUCACCGUGUUUUCAAGAGUGUUACUGGCCUUACCCCUAAGAACUACGGUGAUCGUUGUUGUGAGUGCAUAAAGGAACAGGCCAAGAAACCAAGAAGCUCAAGGGUUAUCCUCAUAAAUACCAGAGUUGCCAAUCCUACUCUGGCGAAUGAAGAAGAGCAUCAUCAGCAGCAACAGCGGCAACAGCAGCAACAGCGGCAACAGCAACAUUGCGACAAUAAAAGUUUACAGAAUUCUAGGGCCAGUUACGAAUCGAACCUUCCGCGUUCAUUGUCAACGCUUAGUACUUCAUCUUCGUCGAUUAAGUCAUCACCUAUAUCUGUAGCCGCAUCUGCAAUUUCCACUUCUCCUACCACCAUUACUACCGUCAGAUCUCCGGUGUAUCACUUAGAUGAUGUCGAGUUGCCUGCCAAAAAGAGAAGAAAUCUCGACACUUUCUCACCUGCAGACGAUUCUCUAUCCUUGUCAGGAAGUGGUAUGUAUAUGCCACUCCAAUUUACUGACAACACAUCGUCGAUCUCCGGAUUUCUUGAUGAAAGUAAUAACAGCUUGAAGAAUCUUAUAUCAUUGAUUCAUCAGGUUGAUGUGCCCGAAUUACCCGCAAAUACUGAUUUAUUGGACCAACAGCAGUUACAAUCAGGCAACCAUCAACAGCGGCAACUACAGGAUGUGGAUUUUGUGAAUCAGGAAUUGAUGCCUUCUUCUUCUUUUCCAGGUCCUCUGUCGCAUCAAAUCACCACUGAUGUGAAUAUAUGGGAUACCAGAGCAGACACGCCCGACUUUGAUAUUUUACAACGCAGUGAUUCUAGAUUUAUGGACGAUUCGAUGAGCCAUUACACCACUCUGCCUUCGUUUGGUGAAGAUGCUGUUGCUAGUGGCAUUCUUGAUCAAUUACAGCAGCAGUCUCAAUACAAACAACAAAGAAGUAUAGAUGGUAGUUCAAAUGGCUUUUACUUUGCUCCAUCUCAGAACGAUAAGUCGUCAAGUUUUAUCAGUCCUCUACAGCUUGAUUCGAUCAAUGGCAGUUCUAACUUUGCUGAACUUCUGGCUGUUGCCCCUCAAGCGGAUAUUGCAGGUGCGCUUCCUUCCGAAAGAGUUUACCCGCUGAUAUCUCAGCAGUCGCAGUGGCAACAACCACAACAAUAUCAGCAGCAGUAG